UUUGCCCAUUGCCCAAUCUGUGUCCUCAGCCCCUUGUCUUGUGCUGCUGUCAUUGGCAGCGACAGGAGCUGAGAAAUCUGGUGUGCCAACAGUAUAAGGACUGCAGCUAAAGUUCAGGCACUAUGUGGAAGCCCUUUAUUUUCCUGUGUUCAACAUUGUUAUGUGUUCUCGGUGCUAGCAUCGACCAUUACCAACCUGAACAGGUUCACCUUUCCUACACUGGUCAGCCAGCAUCUAUGACAGUGACAUGGACAACCUUCAGUUGGACUCCUUCUAUGGUAGAGUUUAGUUCUCUUCCAGGACCCCCUUCAUUUAACCUCACGGCUUAUGGUGAGACAACCUUAUUCGUGGAUGGAGGACCGAUGAAGAGGAAAAUGUACAUCCAUCGGGUUACCCUGAAGAACCUGAUUCCUAGCCAGAGAUAUGUUUACCACUGUGGCAGUUCUCUUGGCUGGAGCCCUCAGUUUUAUUUCCGGGCCCUUUGUAAUGACCCAUCGUGGGGACCACACUUGGCUGUGUUUGGAGAUAUGGGAAAUGAGAAUGCUAAGUCACUAUCUCGGCUCCAGAAGGAAACCCAGAUGGACAUGUAUGAUGCCAUACUCCAUGUGGGCGAUUUUGCAUAUGAUAUGGACAAGGAUAAUGCUCAGGUGGGUGACGAGUUUAUGCGUCAGAUCGAGUCAGUGGCCGCCUACAUUCCCUAUAUGACCUGCCCUGGAAACCAUGAAGAGGCCUACAAUUUCUCCAAUUAUCGCAUGCGUUUCUCCAUGCCAGGAGUCACAGAGGGCCUGUGGUACAGCUGGGAUCUUGGGCCUGCUCACAUUAUCUCGUUUUCUACAGAGGUUUAUUUCUACCUGAAAUAUGGCCAAGAAUUGGUGGCGGAGCAAUUUAAAUGGCUACAAAGGGAUCUGCAGGAGGCCACCAGCAAGGCUCGUCGUUCUGAGCGCCCAUGGAUCAUCACAAUGGCACACCGUCCGAUGUAUUGCACCAAUUUUAACAGUGAUGACUGUGCCAAAGUUAACAGCACGAUACGUACUGGACUACCGGGAGGCCAGUAUGCACUGGAGGAUUUGUUCUAUAAAUACGGGGUGGAUCUAGAAAUCUGGGCACAUGAACAUUCCUAUGAGAGGUUCUGGCCUGUAUAUAACCUCAGGGUGUAUAAUGGAUCCAUUGAUGCCCCAUACACCAAUCCCCGGGCUCCAGUUCACAUAACCACAGGAUCUGCUGGCUGUAAUGAGAGGCUGGAUCCAUUCUUUCCUCUACAUCGGGAGUGGAGUGCAGUAAGGAUCGAAGAUUAUGGCUAUACUCGGAUCCACAUUGCCAACAAGACUCACAUACACAUUCAGCAAGUGUCUGAUGAUCAGGAUGGAGAGAUCGUGGAUGAUAUAUGGCUGAUUAAAGACAAGAGCUAAAAAAAAUGACAUUUCUGAAUAGUAACAAAACUCACAAAGCUCUAGAUACAAAUCCAGCCUUCUAGAUCCCUGGAGUCCCCAACCUGUGGCCCUUUGCGACUCGAGCCCUCUGGGGGCCCGCUGAUUGUAGUCUAUUUAUUUUACGUAGAUUGUUCCUUUCCAUGACCUUUGGCAGGAAGGUUCCAGAACUCAUUUCUAGGAUAGACUCCUGACGCUGCUUUCGUUUGAUCACCUGUUAGACUCAUGAACUUCAUUUUUGUGAACUACAUUCUAUAUGAGCUUCCGGUAUUGCUUCAUAAGUAUCAAUAAUCGCCAUUUAUUUACUUCAGAGGGACAGCACAAUGGCCUUACUCUUUUUGCACUGGGUUUCCAAUAUAUCCCCCAAUGGGAGAUAGAUUA